AGAUUCAUUUUUGUAUCUAUCAGUUUCGGUAUGGAGAACUAGAGCAAUGCGCCGUGUACCUUGUCGGAACGGUUUUGGUGUGACAUUCCGGUUAAGCAGCGCUUCAAAGGCUAUCCGCGCGGAGCGGGUCCCGUCAUAUGCUCGAUUUACGUUCAUUUCACACAAACCGUGAUGUCGGGAAUCCCGCCGGACACUUGGCAGCCUCCCACGGUCACAAUAGAUACCACCAUGGGAACUAUUGUGGUGGAGCUAUACUGGAAACACACCCCAAAGACCUGCAAGAAUUUUGCUGAGUUGGCAAGAAGAGGUUACUACAAUGGCACCAAGUUUCACAGGAUAAUCAAGGACUUUAUGAUCCAAGGAGGGGACCCGACAGGAACUGGAAGAGGUGGUGCAUCUAUUUUUGGAAAACAGUUUGAAGACGAGUUACAUCCAGAACUAAAAUUUACUGGUGCUGGCAUCUUGGCAAUGGCAAAUGCUGGCCCAGACACUAAUGGGAGCCAGUUCUUCAUCACUCUUGCGCCAACCCAGUGGUUGGAUGGGAAACAUAGCAUCUUUGGGCGUGUGUGCCAAGGAAUUUCUGUGGUGAACCGUAUUGGAAUGGUGGAGACAAACACACAGGACAGGCCUGUAGAUGAUAUCAAGAUACUAAAGACAUACUUAUCAAGUUGAAAUGAAAGUAUGGGAUUUUGGGACUGGGUGUUAGUUUUAGAAUUUUUCUUAACAAUGAUGUUUGAAUAAACUGUCUUUUUAUUUAA